AUGGAUGAAAAGCCAGAAGCCUCGGAUGGGCCCGCCGGCCAAACAGUGUCGCGGGCUACGCAUGGGGAGGGGUCGACCCCGCGUGAUUACACAGACUACUGCAUACAAGGCUCUGCAAGCCAGAGCAUAGAGGGCUACGUGUUUAGACGUAGCACCCUCAUUGGCCGCUCUCCAACUAGGUCGGCCGAACGAAAAGAAGAAGCAUCGAGUAGUCAAGGAAAUACGGAGAAGGAGUUAACACCGUCUGAAGAAUCUGAGGAGCCAGACACUGAUCUAGACCAGACGUUUGUAUCUGCCGAGGAACUAGAAACCAAGACGAGUGUGGGAGAGAAAAUGAUUGAUCUGGUUAGCCCGGAAAAAUCGAAGCAAUACAAUCAACUAGUAUUUCCAAGCUUAGACGAUUUAGAAGAAAAUACACCUUUAAGGGUAAGAAGCUGGUCUCUCGACGGUGGAGUGCUGAGACAGAUGAGUAUGGAGGAGGAGACGAAUAGGGAGAGUAAGAAGAGGAAGAUGGUACAGCGUGGAAGCGAAGAGGAGAGAGAGGAAGUAGAGGAAGACACCAGUAUGGAGGGAGGAAUAAAAAUGCCCACAAAAAAAACAAACAGAGAAAGAAUGGAAGAAAGCUUAAAGAAUAAAGAGCAAAGAAGAGUACAGACUGAAAUAAAGACGAAUAUCACAGAGGAACAACAAAAAAUUAAUAAACGAGGGAGCGAAGACGAAAAGAGAGAAGUAGAUAAGAUAGAUAGAGAGAAGGAGGAACAGGAAAUAAGGAAACGUGCCAAAAAAGUGGAUAACAGUAUAGAAGAAAUGUUGAAUCUGGUGAAAGUCCUCCGAAAGCACACCGAACAAAAUACCAAAAGAGAAAUUAAAGAUACGGUAAGAAAAAUGGAAAGAUUGGCGGUGGUACUAGGUACGAAAGAACUGCUAACGUAUGAAGGAACCAGAAUAAAGCCGGGGGAUGUAAAGGAGAUGAAAACACAAGCAACACAAACAGAAAGAGAGAAGGAUAGCGAUGAGAGAGAAAGGAAGGAGCGAAUGGAAAAAAUAAGAAACGCGAGAUCAUUCAAGGAGUGGGAACAGGUAGUAGAACUAGAGUGGGAAGAAGGAAAUUAUGAAGUGACCAAGAUAAUAGAGGGAAACCCAGUGUGGCAGCAGGAAAUAGAUACAAGGGUGGUAAUGAUUGAGCCAGAAGAUAUAGAAAUGGAAAGAGGCAUACAGCGCCAAUAUAAAAAAGCGUAUCCAAUACUCGAAGAACUGAAAGAAGAAUGCGAAGACGUAGAAAUGAGGAAGACGAUGAAGGUGAGAGGGGAGAAAAGAGAAAUAAGAGAAAGAAUAAUAAAAAUACGAACAGGAAGAACAGAGAAAGAGAUUUGGCAGACUUUAAUCACCAUAAGGAAAAAAUCCGAAGGAGAGAGGGAAAUUGCGAUGCACCACAUAACGGGAAUAACAUUAAAGAAGCUAAGGACAAUGACGGAUAUUAUAUUUAAGACAUCGAAAACAACAGUAAAGAUUUACACGACGUUAGCAAGAAGGCAGGAAGAAGAAAAAGACAAACGAGGUAGAGCGUUAAAAGAGGGCAGUGAGGGAAAAAAGAGCGAAAGAGCAACGUACGCCCUGAUACUGCAGAGCGAAGGACCGCAAAGAACCUAUGAAGAAAUGGUGAAAGAUAUUAAAAUACAGAUGAAGGGAAGAAAAGAAACAGAUGGCAGAGGUGGAACAAGCGAUUAG